UUUCACUGUGUCAAAUUCAUUUGUCGUCAAAUAAGUGAAAACACUAUGUCAAAUGGGAUCAAAAAGCGGUUUAUAGAUUGAUUUGGAUCAGGUAAGGUCUUUAGUCGUGUACAUGCGCUGCGAAGUCGGUCAUCUGUCAGUUUUUAACCCAUAAUAUCAUCGGUAAAGGUAUGGAUAAAGGAGAUAAAGUUGUGUCAAAAUAUGUCGCCAAAAUUUUUUGUCAAACUAUGACAUAGUGAAAACCAGUCUUAAGAUUGCAUUUAAUGUUUGUAACUGAUAUGUACUUGUAUGUAUAUUAACCGCAAGCCUACAAGCUAAUCAAAUACAUAUGCGUACAUUUUUAAUUAAUUUUUGUUUUUAAUUUUCAGAAUGACAUUAAAGAGCCAUUCAUGCGCGACGAAAUAAUCGAUCGUCUCAGUUCAAUGUUAAAUUUCAAUUUACAACAAUUGUGUGGGCCCAAGUGCAAUGAUCUAAAAGUACGCAAUCCAGCUAAAUAUGGUUGGGAACCACGUCGGCUGCUAGGCGAAAUUUUUGAUAUAUAUCUACAUCUGGACUGUGAUAGAUUUGCGCAGGCAUUAGCCGCCGAUGAGCGUUCAUUUCAGAAGCAUCUAUUUGACGAUGCUGCCAGUCGCAUAGAACGUUUGGGUAUACGUUCCACAACUGAGGUGGAAAAAUUCAGAUCAUUGAUUAAUAAAGCCCAUGAUAUUUAUGUUGCAAAUCAGCUAGCCGAAGAUGAGUGCGCCGAUGCGCCCGACGAAUUCAAAGAUCCCCUAAUGGAUACGCUCAUGUCGGAUCCGGUAAUGCUGCCAUCGGGCACGAUUAUGGAUCGUGCUAUUAUAACAAGGCAUUUGUUGAACAGUAACACUGAUCCGUUCAAUCGUCAGCCAUUGACCGAAGAUAUGCUCGUGCCAAAUAUUGAACUGAAGGAACGUAUCGAUGCUUGGCGUAAGGAGCAACGUUUUAAGCGACAACAAGAGCAAAAUGAUGUACGCUUAAACGAUAAGAGCAGCUAAAUUAUAGCAUCAAUGGCGUGUGGUAUGUACUGUACGGUGAAUGUGGCGAGCAAGCAAACAAACGAGAAAAGAAGUCAGCCAAGGUUGCAGUAGCCACAUUUCACUUUUCAAGCUGUUGAU